AUGUUAUCAGGUGUUGGCCCGGCUACGGCUAAACCAGUUUUCAAGGCUGCCGACACGCUCUCUCGGCACCUUGAGGAGUUAUGCCGCCCUGGUGCAUGGGAGCGCCGUGCAAAGGAUGGGGAUAAAGGCCUCUUGGAGUAUGUUGAGGCGGAGGCACGGGACCUUUCUUUAGAGGCUUUCGGACGGCUGAUGUCCGACCUCUACACUCGCAUCGCCAGCAUGCUGUUUAAGGGGAACGACAUCACCCGUCGUAUGGGUGGCGUGCUUGCGAUUGAUGAGCUCACUGAUGUCAAGCUCUCGGGUGAUGACGCGGCCAAGACGUCCCGGCUGGCCAGCAUGUUGUCCCGCGUGCUUGAGGACAGCGAAGAUGCCACACUCAGUGAAACAGCGGCACACACGCUGGGGCACUUGGUGCGGAGCGGUGGGGCCAUGACGUCGGAUAUCGUGGAGAAGGAAAUCCGCCGCGCUCUGUCCUGGUGCGACCCCCACGUGGAGCCCUCCGAGUCCCGGCGCCUCACCGCACUGCUGGUGCUGCACGAGGCGGCGGAGUCGGCCCCCGCGGUGUUCAACGUGCACGUCAAGAGCUUCAUCGAUGCAGUGUGGUUCCCCCUUCGGGACCCCAAGCAACACAUACGGGAGGCGGCGGUGCGGGCUCUCAAGGCUUGCCUGUGUCUGGUUGAGAAGCGUGAGACUCGCUACCGUGUUCAGUGGUACUACAAGCUUUUCGAGCAGACCAUGCGCGGCAUGAAGCGGGACCACCGCACGGGCUCCAUGCCCUCGGCGGAAUCCAUCCACGGAUCUCUGUUGGCGCUGGCGGAGCUGCUGCAACACACCGGGGAGUUCAUGCUGGCGAGGUACAAGGAGGUGGUCGAGAACGUGUUCCGUUACAAGGACAGCAAGGAGAAGAACAUCCGCCGGGCCGUCAUCCACCUGCUGCCCCGCAUGGCGGCCUUCUCACCGGAGAGGUUUGCAUCAGAGUACCUAUCUCGCGCCAUUGCGUUCCUGCUGACGGUGCUUAAGAAUCCUCCGGAGCGGGGGGCGGCCUUUGCAGCGCUGGCGGAUAUGGCAGCGGCACUGGCCCGACCCAUCUAUGCAGCCAUCCGGGAGGCGCUGUCCGUGCCCCCUGCCGCCCGUGCUGCUGCGCGGCCCCGUCCCGCCACCUGCCCCGAGGCGCUCCAGUGUGUGGGCAUGUUGGCAGUUGCGCUGGGCCCGCUGUGUCGGCCGUACGCGGCUGCACUGAUUGAAUCCAUGGUGCUGACGGGCAUCAGCGAGGUGCUGGUGUCCUCACUGACACAGGUGGCCAAUGCGCUUCCCGAGCUGCUUGAGGACAUCCAGUACCAGCUGCUGGACCUGCUGAGUCUGGUGCUCUCCAAGAGGCCCUUCAACAGCGCGACAACGCAGCCCAAGUUCGCUGCCCUCAGUGCGGCUAUCGCGGCGGGGGAGCUGCAGGGCAACGCCCUUAUCAAGCUGGCGUUGCAAACCCUAGGCACCUUCGACCUGGGCGGCAUACAGCUGCUGGAGUUCAUGCGCGACCACAUCCUGGCCUACACCGAGGACCCGGACAAGGAAAUCCGCCAGGCGGCAGUGCUGGCGGCGUGCAGGGUGCUGGAGCGCCACGCCGCGACAGCUCUGUCGGCCGCCGCGGUGGGGGCCGGCGGGCGGGCGGUGCAGCAGCUUGCCAGCCAGCAAGGUGUGUCGGUUGAGCGGUGUGUGAACCGGCUGCUGGUGGUGGCCGUUGCGGACUCCUCGGAGCGAGUCCGCAAGGAGGUGCUUCUGGCGCUGGUGGCCACCACGGCGCUGGAUGACUACUUGGCGCAGGCGGACUGCCUUCGGGCUCUGUUUGUUGGCAUGAACGACGAGAGCUGCACGGUUCGCGCACUGGCCAUCCGCCUGGUGGGUCGUCUGGCGGACCGCAACCCCGCACAUGUCAACCCGGCGCUGCGGAAACACCUGCUGCAGCUGCUGCACGACAUGGAGUUCAGCCCAGACAACCGGGCCAGGGAGGAGAGCGCCUACCUGCUCGAGGUGUUGAUUACCAGCGCAGCCAAGCUCAUCAUGCCGUACGUCUCGCCCAUCCAAAAGGCUCUGGUGGGUAAGCUACGUGGCAUCGGUCCCAGCAUUCUGCCCACCGCCCUCGGGACGGUGCUGUCCACGCUGGGUGCGCUUGCGGAGGUUAGCGGCACCAACUUCCGGCCCUUCAUCAGCGAGGUGGUGCCGCUGGUCAUUGAGGCAAUACAGGACAACUCUGACGCCCGGCGGCGGGUGGUGGCAGUCAAGACCUUGGGCUUCAUUGUGUCCAGUUGCGGAAAUGUGAUGGGUCCCUACCUAGAGUACCCGCAGCUGCUGUCGGUGCUGCUGAGGAUGCUGCACGAGGGACAUGCCGCACAGAGGAGGGAGGUCAUCAAGGUCCUGGGCAUCAUCGGCGCACUGGAUCCGCACACGCACAAGGUCAACCAGGCCAGUCUGAGCGGGGAGGGCAAACUGGAGAAGGAGGGCGUGCGGCCGCUGCGACAUGGCGCCGGGGCGGCAGCCGCGGGUGGCGGCGGGGGGGGCCUGGACUACUACCCCACAGUGGCCAUCAACGCGCUCAUGCGGGUACUGCGGGACCCGGCACUGGCCUCACAACACCUGGCGGUCAUACGGGCGCUGCUCUCCAUCUUCAAGGCGUUGCAACUCAAUGUGGUGCCGUACCUGCCUAAGGUGCUACCCAUCCUGUUUGGUGUUCUUCGCGGCGGUGACGAGGCUCUUCGUGAGGAGAUCCUGGGCGCUCUGCGGGCGCUGGUGGGGUACGUGCGGCAGCACAUGCGCCGCUUCCUGCCGGAGCUGCUGCAGCUGAUCCAUGAGUUUUGGCCGACCUCACCUCGCACCUGCCUGGCGCUGAUUGCGGACUUGGGGGUUGCACUGCGGGAUGACAUACGGUGGUAUGUUCCUGAGCUGCUUCCCAAGUUUGUUGCGGUAUUUGGCGAGGCGGAGCGGUCUGGCAGCUGGGACCUGGUGCGUCCGGCGCUGGGGGCUCUGGAGGCGCUGGGCUCCGCGGUGGACGACUCUCUGCACCUGCUGCUGCCCUCCAUGGUGCGACUGAUCAGCCCCUCGGCCAGCUCCACUCCGGCGGAGAUACGGAGGGCGGCGCUGAGGUCCAUGCGCAAGCUUAUUCCACGAAUGCAGCUGGGAGGCUACGCAUCAGCUGUGCUACACCCGCUGAUCAAGGUGCUGGAUAGCCAGAGCGAUGAGCAACUUCGGCGGGACGCAAUCGAUACCAUUUGUGCUGUGGCGGUGUGUCUAGGACCAGAUUUCGCCAUCUUCGUGCCAACGAUUCGCAAGGUGCGUGGAGGCGUGGCAUCUGAGUCUGAUAGGAGGGCGUGUGGGCGUUUUGUUGACCCAUCUGUGCAUGUCUGCAUGUGUACUGAACCUCCUCCGGUGCAUUCCUUUCCUUCCUGUCGGGUGCGGCCUCCAGAUCUGCCAGCGGCACAGAUUGCACCACGAGUGCUCUCCGUCAACGCGGGGGUACUUCGCCGCGCGUGGGAGAGCAGUCACCGGGUGACGAAGGAGGACUGGGCGGAGUGGAUGCGGAACUUCAGUGUGGAGCUGCUCAAGGAGAGCCCCUCGCCCGCGUUGAGGGCAUGCUACGGGCUAGCACAAGUCCACCCCACCAUGGCUCGUGAGCUUUUCGCCGCUGGCUUUGUGAGCUGCUGGGCGGACCUGGACCCUGCACUGCAGGAACAGCUCGUGCGCAGCUUGGAGGCCGCGCUGGCGUCCCCCACCAUUCCCCCCGAGACCGUGACGGCGUUGCUCAACCUUGCUGAGUUCAUGGAGCACGAUGACAAGCGGCUGCCCCUGGACACCCGCACACUGGGGGCGCUGGCGGAGAAGUGCCAUGCGUUCGCCAAGGCGCUGCACUAUAAGGAGUUGGAGUUUCAGACCAGUCCCCAGACCGCCAUUGAGGCGCUCAUCCACAUCAACAACCAGCUGCGACAGCCCGAGGCAGCUGUGGGUGUGCUUACGUAUGCUCAGAAGCACCUGCACAUGGAGCUCAAGGAGAGCUGGUACGAGAAGUUGUGCCGGUGGGAUGAGGCGCUGGAUGCGUACGAGCGCCGCCUGCAGCGGGAGGCCCCUGGCAGCAUCGAGUACCACACGGCCCUCCUAGGCAAGAUGCGAUGUCUGGCCAACUUGGCGGAGUGGGAGAACCUGUCCAAUCUGUGUCGUACGGAAUGGCGCAAAUCGGAGCCGCAUGUGCGCCGGGAGAUGGCCAUGAUUGCCGCACAUGCCGCCUGGCACAUGGGCGCCUGGGAGGAGAUGUCGUCGUAUGUGGACACCAUCGACAACCCUGAUGUGGGCCCGCAGAGCCAGACCGGCACUGGGGCCUUUUUGCGAGCUGUGCUGUGCGUGAGGAGCAACCAGUUCGAAUCCGCCAAGGUGCACGUGGACCGCGCUCGCGAGCUGAUGGUGACUGACCUUGCCGCGCUGGUGGGUGAGAGCUACGAGCGGGCCUACACGGACAUGGUGCGGGUGCAGCAGCUGGCGGAGCUGGAGGAGGUGGUGGCGUACAAGCAGGCGCUGGAGCGGCGAGCGGCGGGCUCCGACUCCCGCAUCAGCUUCAUCCAGCAGCUGUGGCGAGACCGGCUGCGGGGGGUUCAGCGACACGUGGAGGUCUGGCAGAGCCUCUUCUCCAUUCGCAGCUUGGUGGUGCCCAUGGCGCAGGACGUGGACAACUGGCUCAAGUUUGCGAGCCUCUGUCGUAAGAGCGGACGGCAGCGGCAAGCCUACCGCAUGCUGCUGCAGCUGCUCCGCUACAACCCCAUGUCCAUCAACCAGCGGGGCCAGCCGGGGUACGGCGCCGGUAGCGGGGCUCCCCACGUGAUGUUGGCCUUCCUCAAGCACCUGUGGACGCAGGGCCAGAGGACGGAGGCGUGCAACCGAUUACAGGACCUGGCCCCUGCUGUCGCGCCCACUGCCUCCGCCACCGCACCCGGUGGAGGUUCUCGCUGGUUGGACCGGCCCCAGGCGUCCCUCAACGGCCGGGCUUUCCUCCGACUGGGCAUGUGGCAGUGGGCCAUGAACGAUAAGCUGGACAAUCCCGCGGUCAUCAAGGAGAACCUGGAAUCGUUCCGCUCCGCGACCGAGCACGCACCCAACUGGGCCAAGGCGUGGCACCAGUGGGCGCUGUUCAACGUGGCCGUAUCGGUGCACUACAGCACGCGGGACGAGACACUAGCGGUGGGGCAUGUGCCGCCCGCUGUGCAGGGCUUCUUCCGGAGUGUGGCGCUGGGUCAGGCUGCGGGAGACCGCACCGGUAACCUGCAGGACAUUCUCCGUUUGCUGACUCUGUGGUUCAACCACGGGGCCUAUGAGGAGGUCCGAGCGGCCCUCCAGGAGGGCUUCCAGCUGGUGUCCAUCGACACCUGGCUGCUGGUCAUUCCGCAAAUCAUUGCGCGGAUCCACACGCACAAUACGGACGUGCGGCAGCUCAUUCACCACCUGCUGGUCAAGAUUGGUCGGCAUCACCCGCAGGCGCUCAUGUACCCACUGCUGGUGGCGACCAAGUCUCAGAGCCCCGCUCGGCGCCAGGCAGCCUACUCCGUGCUGGAGUGCAUUCGGCAGCACAGCGCAGCGCUGGUGGAGCAGGCGCAGCUGGUCAGUGGGGAGCUCAUUCGGAUAGCCAUAUUGUGGCAUGAGAUGUGGCACGAAGGUCUUGAGGAGGCCAGUCGGCUGUAUUUCGGAGAGAGCAACGUAGAGGGCAUGCUCAACACAUUGCUGCCCCUGCACGAAAUGCUUGAAAAGGCGGGGCCCACAACACUCAAGGAGAUUGCAUUUGUGCAGUCGUACGGAAGAGAGCUGUCCGAGGCUUACGAGUGGCUGAUGAAGUACAAGGCCAGUCGGAAGGAGGCGGAGCUGCACCAGGCCUGGGACCUAUACUACCACGUCUUCAAGCGCAUCAACAAGCAGCUCCACUCUCUCACCACGCUGGAGCUGCAGUACGUCAGUCCGGCGCUCGUGCGCGCGCAGGGACUGGAGCUGGCGGUGCCGGGCACGUACAUCGCCGGCGAGCCGCUGGUCACCAUUGCAGCGUUUGCGCCGCAGCUGCACGUUAUCUCGUCCAAGCAGCGGCCCCGGAAGCUCACCAUCCACGGUGGCGACGGCUCGGAAUACAUGUUCCUGCUCAAGGGUCACGAGGACCUGCGUCAGGACGAGCGUGUGAUGCAGCUGUUCGGUUUGGUGAACACCAUGUUGGCUCACGACCGCAUCACUGCGGAGAGGGACUUGUCCAUUGCGCGUUACGCCGUCAUCCCGCUCAGCCCCAACAGCGGCCUCAUUGGUUGGGUGCCCAACUGCGACACCCUGCACGCCCUCAUUCGGGAGUACAGGGAGGCUCGCAAGAUUCCGCUCAACUGGGAGCACCGGCUGAUGCUGGGCAUGGCACCUGACUACGAUCACCUGACGGUCAUUCAGAAGGUUGAGGUGUUUGAGUUUGCAUUGGACUCAACCAGCGGAGAGGACCUGCACAAGGUCUUGUGGCUCAAGAGCCGGAACAGCGAGGUGUGGCUUGACCGCCGUACCAACUACACUCGCUCUGCGGCCGUGAUGUCCAUGGUGGGCUACAUCCUGGGGCUGGGUGACCGCCACCCCUCCAACCUCAUGUUGGACAGGUACAGCGGCAAGCUGCUGCACAUCGAUUUCGGGGACUGCUUCGAGGCGUCCAUGAACCGUGAGAAGUUCCCUGAGAAGGUGCCCUUCCGGCUGACCCGCAUGAUGAUCAAGGCAAUGGAGGUUAGCGGCAUUGAGGGCAACUUCCGAACCACGUGCGAGAAUGUGAUGCGGGUGCUGCGUUCCAAUAAGGAGUCCGUUACGGCCAUGUUGGAGGCCUUUGUGCACGACCCGCUCAUUAAUUGGCGCCUGCUAAACACCACGGAGGCGGCCACGGAGGCGGCACUGGCGCGAACCGGAGACACGGCCACAGAAGCGGCGGUGAGGGGUAGCACCUCCACAAGCCUUACCUUCAUGCCCAGCCCCCCUCGCCGGGAGACCCGCGAGAAGGAGCUCAAGGAUGCUGUGGCGCAGCUGGGGGAUGCCAACGAGGUCCUCAACACGCGUGCCGUAGAGGUGAUGAAGCGUAUGUCUGACAAGCUUAUGGGGCGGGACUAUGCACCGGAGGUUUCAGUGGGUGGAGGUGCUGGCGGCGUGGAGCCAGACAGUGUGGCGGCGCAGGUACAGCGGCUUAUCCACCAGGCCGUCAACCAUGAAAACCUGUGCCAGUCGUACAUUGGUUGGUGCCCGUUUUGGUAG